AUGCCUUGGUGGGCAGUUCGGACGAAUGGACUAGUGGGCCAAGAGCUGCAUUGGCGAACAGGUAAUGUACCCCUUGUCAGAUUCAGCCCAUUUUGCGCGAGGGCGGGUGUGUGGGCGCCGUACCAUAGCCGCUGGGGUUGCAGGAGUGGCUGGGGUCGCGUCAAGCAUAUAGACUUGUUUCAAGAAUGUCUGACGUUUAUUGCCAUUGCUGAACUGCAGUCUGCCAAGGGAUGCAUGGAAAGUGCAGAUGCAGAUGGUGACAUGGUGGCCCUGCAUUUGCAGGAUCACCUUGUUGCACUUGCGGGUUGCCACAUCUUUUUCUGCUAUAUUACAGCAUAUAUGCAGUCUUUGUGCUCAUCGUGA